UGCCCCAUCUUUCAAGCCUUGGUCUCUUAAAAUCCCUAUAAAUGAUGGAUACCACGAAUCGCUGAUCUCCGAUCUCUGCUAUUUAUAACUUCUCCAAACAAUUGCAAUCUCUGAGCUUCUCACUUCAAGCGAUCGAUGCCUUGCCAUGACAUUUUAAGUAGACAAUUUGCUGACUCAGAGAUGUGUUUCUCUACUGAAAUUCAAAAUAAGUUGAAAAUUUCCACAGUAAUUAAAAGAGAAACUAGAGAUUUGUACUGCCCAAUUUUGCCGGGAUUACCUGAGGAUGUGGCGAAAUUUUGCCUUGCACUUGUACCUCGAAGUUACCUCCCUGUUAUGAGUACUGUUUGCAAAAAAUGGAGGUCCUUCAUUCAAAGCAAGGAGUUCAUUACUGUGAGGAAAGAAGCUGGUAAGCUUGAGGAAUGGCUUUAUGUAUUGAUUGGUGAUGCUGAAGGAAAAGGAAGCCAUUGGGAGGUUCUGGGGAGAUUUGGAGGUGAAAAACAGAUUUUGCCGCCAAUGCCUGGCCCUAUAAAAGCUGGCUUUGGAGUUACUGUUGUCAAUGGAAAGCUUUUGAUUAUGGCCGGUUAUUCUGUGGAUAUUGGCACUGCUUGUGUUUCUGCAGAUGUUUAUCAAUAUGACUGUCGACUCAACAGCUGGAGCACACUAGCCAAGAUGAACAUCGCCCGCUUCGACUUCGCCUGCACAGAAGUCAACGGCCUCAUCUACGUCGCUGGCCUCUCAAGUGCCGAAAUCUACGACCCCGACACAAAUCAAUGGACACUAAUCGAAAGCCUUCGGCGUCCAAGAUGGGGUUGCUUUGCCUGUGGCUUCAAAGACAAAGUCUACAUAAUGGGUGGUCGUUCAAGCUUCACUAUAGGCCACUCUAAAUUUAUCGACAUCUAUAAUUCUAAGAAUCAUACAUGGCUAGAGUUGAAGAAUGGGUGUGUUAUGGUCACCGCUCAUGCUGUUAUCGGCAAGAGGUUGUUUUGUAUUGAGUGGAAGAACCAGAGGAAGCUGGCGGUGUUUGAUUUGGACGAGAAUUCGUGGAAUAAGGUCGAGCUUCCGCUGACUGGGAGUUUGGCUGUAGGGUUUAGGUUUGGGAUUCUUGAUGGGAAGCUGCUCUUGUUUUCGAUGAAGGAGGAUCUAGGGUAUCAAACAUUGGUAUAUGACCCAGAGGCGGAGUCAGGGAAGGAGUGGGGGACUUCGUCGCUCAAGGCUCCGGGGUUGUGCUUGUGCACUGUGACCAUUGAAGCCUAGGGCUCAAGAACGUUUAGUGUUAAUGCAACGUUUCUGUGAUGAAAUUGGAAUAAAUUAUGUAUGACCCCCGUCUGAUUUUCGAUUUGGGCAUGUUUUUCUUACGGCUUGGCGGUUUUGGAUGGCAAAGAAAGUGGAGUUUUUUCUCUUAUAUAAGAAGUGUUGUUUCCUCUUGACGC